ACAGUGAGACUGGGAAUAUCUCACCGGCAAUCCUAUCCCAUUCCGCUGCGAGCACAAGCGACAAUGCUGUUGGGGCAAGCUCCUCCUGCGAACUUCAUAGCCAAACCCAAUUGCAUGGAAUUGCAGAUUCAAAGCCAUGCGCGUCUCUUCUCCUUUGCUCAGACUUGUUUCUGUGACACCCCAUGUACGAAAAUGCAGCGAAGAGGUGUUGGAAAUGCAUUUCUCGUUAGAGCUGGCUAUUCUCCCACGCCCAAAGAUGUUCUCUCUUGGAACUCUAACACCGCCGACGAUGGUUUGAGCUCGAAUGUAGAGAAUUUAUCAGAUAUAAGCAUAGUAGCUGAAGGCCUUGAGCGUGAUUCAGUUCUUACAAAUAGUGAUUCUACAAUAAAAUCUAAGGCGAGGUUAUCUGGAAGUUUUGGUAAACUGAAAGCACAGAAGGUUAAGGCCCUCAUCCACAGAACUAUUCACAAAAAGCAGGAAAGAAGCAUUAAUGAUGAUAACCUAGUUGUAGAACAUCCAGAACUAGAAAUAGAAGAUGAUUGGGAACAAUAUGAAAACAGUGCAAGUCAGGGAUCUAAUUCCCAUGUAGGACGUCAGAAUAAACCCAAUAAAUCUCAAAACAAUGACAUCAGAAUAGCGAGUUCAGGUAUAUUAGUUGAAAGACAUUCUGCCUCUCAUUUAAAAGGAUGGGGUUGUGAACAAUCUUCACGUCCUUUUAGGACUGAAUCACAAAAACUGGUAAAGGAGAAGAGAAAAGCAUUGACUGACAAUGACUUUUUCAGCCGAAAGUCUUUCAAAGAUCUAGGUUACAGUGACUACAUGAUUGAAUCUCUGCAAAAGCAAAUUUUUCUCCGGCCUUCACAUAUACAGGCUAUGGCAUUUGAACCAGUAUAUACCGGAAAGAGUUGUAUAAUAGCUGAUCAAAGUGGUUCUGGCAAGACUUUAGCAUAUCUUGCACCGAUAAUUCAGAAGCUUAGACAAGAAGAAUUGGAAGGAAUUGCCAAUUUCUCUUCACAAGCUCCUCGAGUUGUUAUAUUGGCACCAACAGCUGAGUUAGCUUCUCAGGUGUUAGCUAAUUGUCGAUCAAUGUCAAAAUCUGGGGUUCCAUUCAAAUCUAUGGUUGUAACAGGUGGCUUUCGACAGAGAACUCAACUAGAGAAUUUAGAGCAGGGUGUUGAUGUUUUAAUAGCGACACCUGGCCGUUUUAUGUUCCUCAUCAAGGAAGGCUUGUUGCAAUUAACAAAUUUAAGAUGUGCGGUGUUAGAUGAGGUAGAUAUCCUUUUUGGUGAUGAGGAUUUUGAAGUGGCGCUUCAGUGCUUGAUUAAUUCUUCACCAGUUGCCACACAAUAUUUAUUUGUGACUGCAACUUUGCCAAAAGAUAUUUACAAUAAACUAAUUGAAGUUUUUCCUGAUUGUCAAGUGAUCAUGGGACCCGGUAUGCAUCGGAUAAGCUCUCGGCUUGAGGAGGUUUUAGUUGAUUGCAGUGGGGCCGAUGGGGAAGAAAAAUCUCCUGAUACUGCAUUUCUUAAUAAGAAAACAGCUCUUCUACAGAUUGCAGAAGGAAGUCAUGUCCCAAAAACCAUUGUGUUCUGCAACAAAAUUGAAACCUGCAGAAAAGUUGAGAAUGCAUUGAAACGUUUUGAUAGGAAAGAGACUCGUGUACAAGUUCUACCUUUCCAUGCUGCCAUGACACAGGAAUUACGGAUUGCUAAUAUGGAAAAGUUUACACGUUCUCAGACAAAGGAAGUCUCCCAGUUUCUGGUUUGCACAGACAGAGCAUCACGAGGGAUUGACUUUAGUGGAGUGGAUCAUGUUGUACUUUUUGACUUCCCGCGUGAUCCAAGUGAAUAUGUCCGCCGCGUCGGAAGAACUGCAAGAGGUGCUGCUGGGAAGGGCAAGGCAUAUAUCUUUGUGGUUGGCAAGCAAGCCCUUGCACGUAAAAUCAUGGAUAGGAAUAAGAAGGGUCAUCCUCUUCACGAUGUUCCUUCAGCCUAUGAGCUGAUGAAGUAGAAAUCUUAAAGAUCUUUUUGAGAUUGAGCACAUCAAAAGCCCUAUUCUACUUUGUACAUAUGAUCUCUGUAAUCAAAAUGUAAUUCUGAUUGCUGCUUCCUUUAUCAUAAAAUUGCAUCAUAAUUUGUAGGCC